GAUCUUUUUCUAUUGUAGCAGAUCCCGGAGCAGGGCGUGGGGGUUGACGGUGAGCUCAAUGUUGCAGUUGAUUUCGUUGCACCUGAGUCGCCGGGUCGGUACACUUCUUAUUGGAGAAUGGCUUCCAGUUCUGGUGCUAAAUUUGGACAACGUGUUUGGGUUCUGAUCCAUGUUGAUGCAUCCUUGAAGGACUCUGUUGUGAACGUGUUCCAUGGAUUGAACUUAAACGCUUCUCCUGAUGAAGGUAGCUUGAAAGAGUUUGAACCACGUAACGAGCCUGAUCAAUAUGACGGCCCUGUUCUGGAAACCGUCACACCCGUUGCUGAUUUGAAACCGAAAGUUGAAGAAUCCAAAGCCGUUGAAAAGGAGGACUUGCUGAUUGGAGAAGCUCGUCCCGUUUCUCCUCGUAAACUUGAUCCCUCGUCUUCUGCACAUCACAUCAUCGACCUCACAGAGCCUGCAGCCCCUGCUGAGGGAUCACUCGGAGGUUCCUCUACAAAGCACGAGGAAUCGAAUGAUGCUGAGCGAGCACUGCUCGAGGAACUCGACGGGAAGAAUGAGGUGGAGCAAGGCCUGCUCAAGGAACUCGAGGAGAUGGGUUUCAAGGAAACCGAUCUGAACAAGGAGGUCUUGAGGCAGAACAAGUACAACCUGGAGCAGUCGGUCGAUGCCCUUUGUGGAGUCUCGGAGUGGGAUCCGAUCCUCGAAGAACUCCGGGAGAUGGGAUUUCGUGACAGUGAGACGAACAAGAGACUGCUGGAGAAGAACAACGGAAGCAUCAUGCGGGCGGUGAUGGAUCUUCUGACAGGCGACAAGGCUUGAACUUUUGUCAGGAACGCUCACAAGUCUCUUGCCUUUGUCUAAAAGAUAUGUUUGAUAAAUAAGCCUCUCUCUCUCUCUCUCUCUCUCUC